AUGGGUGGAAAUACAGCGUAUCACCCCUUUGGUGGGGCCGAUCCCCACGAGCACGGAGGGCCUGCUACUUCGCGCAGCAAUGAUCCUGGGGGCAUGUGGGUCCUCUCGGUUCAGACGGAGAGACUGCAAAAACUAUGCCUGUUUCUUUUUUUGACUCUCCUGGCAGGAGCUGGUGACCUGACUGGGGAUGCUAUGGGCUAUGUGACAGGCGUGCUGGCUGUGCUGAUACACGCUGCCUACCUGGUGCUCAUUCAGAAAACUAGUGUAGAGAGUGAAUACGGACCCCUGACAGCUCAGUACGCCAUUGCCGUUUCAGCCACCCCUUUCCUCAUUAUUUGCUCCUUUGCCAGCAUGGACUCCAUCAACGUCUGGUCGUUUCCGGGCUGGAAGGACCCUGCCAUGGUAUGCAUCUUUAUCGCCUGUGUCCUAAUUAGCUGUGCCAUGAACUUUACCACCCUUCACUGUACUUACAUUAACUCAGCUGUGACCACCAGCUUCGUAGGGGUGGUGAAGAGCAUAGCAACCAUCACAGUGGGCAUGGUGGCGUUCAAUGAUGUGGAGCCCACAAAGUUAUUCAUAGCUGGUGUUGUGGUCAACACCUUGGGUUCUGUCAUCUACUGCGUGGCCAAGUACGUUGAGACCAGGCGGAAGAGUGAUUACGAGGACCUGGAGAAAGAAGCUAGAGAAGAGGAGGAAAAAAGGCAGGCUGGGGACCAAGCACUGUUCGCGAUGGAGGCGAUUUCCAGGGAGAAGGGGGCUGAGGAAGCAGCGGCGGAGGGACCAGCAAGCAGGGACAGUCAGAGCGGAGAGGAAGAGAAGGACGGCACUGUGAAACCUGCUGAGGUACUGAAGACUGCCCGCCGAGGAGCCGCUAGUGCAGAAGAAGUGAACAGGAGCUCACUGAAGGAUGCCUAUCUUGGAGUAUGGAGAUUCUGGGGCCAGGCUGGGCCUGAGACCUGGUCGACGUUCAAGAGGUUUGUGUCUUCAGCAGAAUUACUUGUGUCUUACGGUGGUGUACAUGAGAGCAGAGACAGAUCUGAACUUUUGAGAAGCUUUGCUCAGCAAAACAAGGAUGCUUUUCUAUGAGCUUUAACUACAUGUAGCAUUGGGAAUAGUAGCUUGAUACUGUUGGGAAUAUUAGCCAAGUAAGAGUUUGGAAGUGCCGGAAUGUACUGAUUUGGGUUUGGGGGGGGGACUAUUAAAAAAACAGGGAGAAAGUGGGUACACAGUGCUAUCCCCCUUCUUACACCCUAAAGCCAGGGGAUUCAGAGUCUGGAUUUGACCCUAAGUCUCCUCUCCAUCUCCGACCCUGUAGAAGUAUAGGCUAAUAACAGGACUGGGGAGGCUGUCUCUGCCUGUGUGUAAACUGUGGUUCCCGGGAGGGCUUUUGCAGGCCAUUUUGGCUGGGACAUGACAGAGCGCGCAUCAGCCCUCGCUCUGCCUGUGCCGUGGUGUCCGGCAGAAGGAAACUGGGGCAGGCAGGCAGGCAGGGAGCCGCUGCGGCC